GGUCUUUUUCGUCACUCAAGUAAGUAAUUAAAGUUCAUUUCGUAAAGCGACUCCUUUUCUUCCCCUUUCAGACGUAUUUAUAAACAGAGAAAAAAAUGGAGCAGGAAAACUUUAGUGAGGUUGCCAAGAAAGCCUUGGAAUUUCGUCGACGUUACUAUCAGUACCUUGAUGACCCUGAACAACGCCAUAACAUCGUCAAUCUCUACGCCCCGAACGUUCCAAAUCUGUGCGAGUGGAAUGGACACCUCUUAGCAGACCACAAUUAUGUGCAGCAGUACAUCAACCAACUCCCUAAGACAACACAUCAGAUAGAUACCGUUGACGCCCAGCCAUUGCCAGGGAACGAGAAGGCGGAUUCUUUCAUCAUGAUAGUUCAUGGUAUAGUGACCUAUGACAGGGAACAUCGGCGUGAGUUUUAUCAGAGAUUUGUGAUUCGCUCCAUUAAUAAUAAAUAUUAUAUCAUCAAUGACUACUAUCGAUGGCUCUCGGAGAAGAAUUAAGAAGGUGUACACCACUUGUGUUAUGAUCUUUGACACUUGGUGCGUAUAUAUAUAUAUAUAUAUAUGCACGUGAAACUAACAUUUUAUUUAACCUCCGGAAUGAUUAUUUUGAACUUCAUUAGAGUUUGGCUGACUUAAGCAGUUUAGAUGAACUGUGAGGUAUUGUAAAUUCAUUUACAGUGAUCUGCCGUUUAAAUAAACAUCAUUUGUAAUAAUACUGACAUCAUUCUUCAUGUUUAGUUCGUAGAUGAUCAUUAUAUAAAAGCUGAGUGAAACUAAUUCAAUGCAUUUCUUUGAAUAUACAACAAAUGAACGAACAUGAAUGAAAUGGAGGUAAUAACAAAGGAUU